GCCUCGCCUCGUAAGUGGGAGGGUGAGCUUUGUGGCAAAGAUGCUAAUUGCCUGCUCCAAAGAGCAAGGAAUAUAGAGCAAUUUAAUUGAUCUAUGUCCAAAUUUUCUAAUAUCUCCUUAUUUAGAUUAUUAUUUCGGCUUGUCCUGACCUGCUAGUAUGUGACAAAAACAUUGGUUCAUCCGGAAAACAAGAAAUAUACACAAAGAGAUAUUCUAUUUAAGUUGUUUCCUCCUUUAAGUGGUUCUUUCAAGAGCUUUGAUUCAUAUCACGAGUAACAAAGAUUUUGGGAGCAGGACUAGUUGUUUUUGCCAUAUGGCCUAUAGCUUCCUGCCCUAUGAUUCUUUGAAUGAACGAAGAAACUUCCUGGUUCCCCUUUCUGGCCUCCCUAUUUUGGAGGAUGCAGGCGCCGCUGCCGCUCUCUGGUUCCCUAACUUGUAUGAUGAAACCGGUGGCUUCAAAAGGCUGAAGAGAACCACAAGUUCUGGUGAAUUUGUGGAUAGCAGCUCCAGCAGCAUUUUCAGCCGCAACGACAGCAGCAUUCCUCGCAAUAGCAGCACAAACAGCUUGGGCAGUGUGACAAAGCUUCAAUUCCGGGAUCAUAUUUCUAUUCUGAACCAACGCUACUUAGCAGCGGAGGCAGUGGAAGAGGCAGCAAUAGCUAUCAUCGGGAGUGAGGAUGGAGGAGCCACCAAAGAAGAGGGCAAUGGGGAUGAAAUGAAACUGCUCCAGCAGCUCAUUUCCUGUGCUGAGGCUGUGGCUUGCCGUGACAAGUCCCAUGCAUCCCUCCUGCUGUCUGAACUCCGGGCCAAUGCCUUGGUCUUUGGCACUUCUUUCCAACGGGUCGCAUCCUGUUUCGUGCAGGGGCUUGCUGAUAGGCUGGCUCUGGUUCAGCCACUAGGUACCGUUGGCUAUAUUGCUCCUAAGAUGCACCUAAUGGAUUUUGCCUCUGAGAAGAAGGAGGAAGCCUUGCGCCUUGUCUACGAAAUCUGCCCGUAUAUUAAGUUCGGUCACUUUGUGGCCAACGUCUCAAUACUGGAAGCCUUUGAGGGAGAGAGUUUAGUCCAUGUGGUGGACUUGGGCAUGACCCUUGGACUGCCGCACGGCAGCCAAUGGCACAGCCUUAUUGAGAGCCUGGCCAAGCGUCCGGGGCCAGCUGCUCGCCUCCGCAUCACUGCUGUUGGGCUAUGCACAGAUCAGUUUCUUGCCAUAGGGGAAGAACUGGAGAGGUAUGCAGCAGGGGUGGGAUUGAGUUUGGAGUUCUCGGCUGUCGAGAGCAGCCUGGAAAACCUCAAACCGGAGGACAUCACAGUGCUUCCUGGGGAGGUGCUUGCAGUGAACAGCAUCCUGCAUCUCCACAGUGUGGUGAAGGAAAGCAGGGGCGCCCUCAACUCUGUCCUGCAGGUCAUUCAUGAGCUCUCACCCAAGGCUCUCGUCCUGGUGGAGCAGGACUCCAGCCACAACGGCCCCUUCUUUUUGGGGCGGUUCAUGGAGGCGCUGCACUACUAUGCUGCUAUAUUUGAUUCACUGGACGCUGUGCUGCCAAAGUACGACACCAAGCGUGCAAAGAUGGAGCAGUUUUAUUUUGCGGAGGAAAUCAAGAACAUCGUGAGCUGCGAGGGGCCUGCAAGGGUUGAGAGGCAUGAGAGGGUGGACCAGUGGCGAAGGAGAAUGAGCCGGGCAGGAUUCCAGCCUGCGCCACUGAAGCUAUUGGCUCAGGCUAAGCAGUGGCUGAGUCUGAGCAGCAGCAAUGCGUGUGAGGGGCACACCAUUGUGGAGGAGAAAGGCUGCCUGGUGCUGGGAUGGAAAUCUAAGCCCAUAGUGGCUGCUUCAUGCUGGAAAUGCUGAAAACCAACCAAGACACUGAAUGAAUUACCCUGCUGCUUUUCGCUUCGCUUCACUUCACUUCACUUCCUGGUAAUAAAGCAAACGCUCAUCUGCUCUUUGCUCGCAGAAAACAACAAUAAUAAGACAAGACUCCUCCUUCCUGCCUGAAGCCAGUGUGACCUUACAUGAAAUAAAAAACAAGUGAUUCCUGUUUUGUGUGUUUGAUCGUUUGUUUUGCCUGAUAUUGCUAAAGGCAGGAAGGAGGGGUGCAUGGGUGGACAGUAGUUAGUAAGUAGUAUAAGGAGAUGACAAACACUUCUUUGAUUCUUUCAUAUUCUGGUGAUUGACUGACUGACUGACUUUUCAUUCAGAUUCCAUAACUGUAAAUUACACAUAUGAAUGUGACAUGAUUGAUUGAUACGAUCAAACCUCAACUCACUGCUGAUUUUCCUUUUGAUCUCUUUCUGUUUUUUUGUUUUCUUUCUAUGUCAUAUCCAAUAUUUCCACAUCGCAUCUAAACAUUCAAUUCUGCUCUUCUCCACCCCAACCAAAUCAUUUCCUCCCUUCUCCCUCUCCCUUUUGCAAUCUUAAGGCUGUUGUGCCGUGUCCAGUCCUAGCCCCAGGAAGUGGGAGAGCAAAUCAAGUUGCUUGCCGUUGCAACUUGUUAUUGUCGUUGAUCCCAAAUCCCAAUUGGAAGAGCCUGGGAAUGUGCUUCUAGAGACCCAUUGGUUCUAAAUUAGAUGGGCUACUCUUUCUUUCAAAUAGCAAACAUGCCGUGAGCGACCACACAACACCUUACUCAGAUGAAGAAAGCAACUUGCGUGAGAUGGAGGACGAGGGCUCAGCUAUGCUAUUUCUGCCGUCUUCCGGUUUUUGCGUGAUUAUGUUUAUGUAUCAUAUGCUUGUAAUCCAAUCUAAGACUGACGGCUAAUGAUAAUGAUAACACAAAACAAAAACGAUUCAGUAUGCGCAUCGGUGUUUGUAUUCCCAUUUCUAAGUCCAUAAAGAUUUCAACAAACCAAAUAAUGAAACAA